AUCAAUGGAAAUAGCCGAAGAUGUCGGCUCGGUCAUGUAAUCAGCUGUGUCCAAUCGCAGCCGAUUGCAUCUGUCACACUGACCGCUUAGGGGACAUGUACACUGAUCAUCAGGGCACUGAUGGUCAGUGUGCCCUGAUGAUCAGUGUAGCCCCAGCAGUGCCACCUGUCAGUGUCCAUCAAUGCCAGCUGUCAGUGGUCAUCAAUGCCAGCUGCCAGUGCCCAUCAGUGCCACGUAUCAGUGCCUAGCAGUGCACAUCAAUGCUGCCUAUCAGUGCCGCCUAACAGUGUCAGUCAGUGCCACCUAUCAGUGCCAUAUAUGAGUG